AUGAAGACGACGUUCGCUUGCGUACUCCUCUUCUUGUGCUUGGCCGUCGCUGCGCUGGCCGCCCCGCCCAAGGUAUCGGAGGAGUUUUCCUCCAUCAUCAGGGUCACCCUCGCCGACAAGACCGGCUCCACCCCCAACAUCACCGGCCAUGGUUUUUGGGCCAGCUCGCUCAAGGGCGGCAAGACCAUCCAACGCUUCCAGUUCGGCCAGCACCACCCUCUCAACGAACUCCACCUCCAGCGCUUCGACCUGUUGGCCGCGUACGACGAGGCGAGCGGUGAUGCUUGCGUCGAGCUGCCGCUUGAAGGUCCCAUGUCGCCCGUGUGGGACUGGGUCUCCCUCGCCACCGAGUCCACCAAGUACGUCGGCCACGAGAAGUUCAGCGCCUGGACCUUUACCAUUACAUUGAUCGAGCAGAUGGGCUAUGCGACUGUGAGCCUCUACUUCCAGAGCGACUCCACCCCUCGCUGGUUCAUUGUUGAUGGCGACUACCGCACCGUGUCGAUCGAGUUCCUGCACUGGAUCGCCGAGACGCCCGCUGCGAGCAUGUUCAACGUGCCCAAGGACUGCUCGCACACCAACCAGACCGCUGAUCCGUCCGUGGGCUGCCACGCCCGCAGCACCAUCAUGGCCCGCGCCCAGGAUUGGGUGAACCACCACGUGCCCUACAGCCAGACCGGCCGCUACGCGGGCUACCGCACUGAUUGCUCUGGCUACGUCAGCAUGGCGUGGCAGACCUCCCAGCCGGGCUACGUCACGUCGACUCUGCCCCAGAUUUCUCACCCUAUCGCCAGGGGAGCGCUCCAGCCGGGCGACGUGCUGCUGUGCCGCUCCGAGCACGUGGUGAUCUUCGGCGGUUGGUCUGGCCCCAGCCACUACAUCGCCUACGAGGAGACCCGCCCCGGCGAGGGAACCGUCCGCCGCGUGACUCCCUACCCCUACUGGUACAACACGGGCUGCUUCCUGCCCUACCGCUACAACUCGGUUUGCUGA